AUGCCACUCCCUGUUUUCCCGAUUUUCUUUAGUUUUUUGUUUUGUCUUAAAAGCGGUAAGCAUUUUGUGUUCAUUUUCAUAUUCCGAGAGCGUUUUUUUUUAGAUUCCACUCAAUGUCGAUCGGAGUCCUGGAUUUUUCUGAAUUUUUCGGAAAUUUCCAAAAAAUUUGCGCGUACUGAGUCAGAAAGGUGAGUCAAAAUUGAGAAAAAACCACAGACUUCACAAAACGCCCAAAAAAAAGCAGCGAAGAAGCGGCUUUCGAAAAAAAAUAGUUUGUAAUAAUAAUUUCAGUUCGCGACCUGCUCCAAUUCCUCUUCAGCACCUACGCAUCCCCAAAACGCGACAACAAAGGACGGAAGGCCCGUGGAUGAGGAAGCGUCAUCCUUUCCUGGAGGAACGCACUAAACUGCGUCGUCACAGUCUUCUCCAAAUUGAAAAAGAGCGCAGGACCCUCGUUUCGAGAGCUCAUCACAACGUUUUUAAUUUUAUUGAAUAA